GAUACAAGAGCACGCAACUGAAUAGUGGCAUCGCAGUCAUCCUUGCCGUCUUGGCCUUUAAUCCACGCGUUUCCCGCGCUGGCCUCGGUGGCCUCUUUGGCCUCUCUGGAUACCAAAAGUGCCAUGAACCCCCAUCUUGCGACUCAUCACCAAACUACUAGGCAUCAAGCUCAAGUGGGUGGUCUGUCAGAUGCCAGAUGUUGGGGAUGUAACCUUUGACCGAGACCAUCAACCCCUCCUCCCCCUCCCACUUUUAUGGACAAGAGUAUGUGUAGCCGCCGGACCGUUUGGCAUGGCAUCCCACCACGACUUCGCAGUGUGCUCCUGCCCAAACCGGUCACGGGCGGCGGGCAUGGCGACAAUAUCACGGCGUGCUCACCUGGACUCGUCAACGGUCCGGCGAACCAGAGCCUCGUGACUUUCCGGCCAGUCACCCGCUUCCCACCCACCCAUCCCGUAGCCGCAUCUCCCGCCAGCGCGGAGCCCAGAUGGAGGGACCAAAGACGCACGACAUGGCCCUUUCUCUUGGUUUGUUGGUUGGGCCGCUCGUCAAGGGUGGUUGCCGAUGCUCAAACUGUGCCACAUUUGCUUCCGUCAGCAACACCCCGACUUUUCCACCAGCAAAGACGUGCGUUUUCCACGCUGUGCCUGCUCCAAAUGGCGGCACAGGCAUCGGUCCCGUCAUGUCAUGUAUGGAACCUCUUCUGUGGUUGAUGCUUACCAGACGUAAUCCCUAGAGGCACGUUGUGCG